AUGGUAUCUCCAGGUUCUGAGUUCGAUUUGGACUUCUCAGAUUUAGAUGACCCUUUGGAGUUCUUGGACUCUCCAUCGUGGUCUCAACGGUUGCGAGCAUUCGCCAACAAGUCCAGAAACUACUUUAGAAAAUGGUACUACGUGACGCCGUUCCAGUCUGGUAUAGAAUUGGAAACGUGGAACGACGUUGAUCUCGACUCUGUGUCACCGGAUUUACAAUCCGACUAUUUCAGAAAUUCAGGAACCGAAAACCGCAACAGCAAGAAGGCAUACAUCUGGAAGUGGAUCACAUUCGUUCUAAUGAUCAUUUCGCUACUCCUAUUGUCCAUAUUGAUUGUUUCCUCAGUGAAAAACAAAAAAAGGCGUGUACAUGGAGCUGCUGCUGCAGCGAUGAGCACUGGCGUAGGGCUGGCCAAGACUUUAAUCAUUUCGUUAGAUGGGUUCCAUCCAGGGUACAUUAGCGAGUCGAGAACGCCGUUCUUGAACCAGAUUUUCUCGUCGGAAGCGAAUUCAUUCAAUGACACGAUUGUAGCCCCAUAUAUGGUACCUUCUUUCCCCUCGCAAACGUUCCCUAACCAUUGGAGUAUGGUAACUGGUCAGUUCCCUCAUCACCACGGGAUCAUCGCCAACAGAUUCUGGGACCAGAAGCAGGACCUUGCGUUCCAGAUCGGCGACUUGUCCUCUCGCAUGAACACUUUCUGGAACCGCACGCUGCCUAUUUGGUACUUCACGAACGAAAAUGAGCUCCAAACGCACACGCACAUGUGGCCUGGUAGUGAGAUCGUUCAUGAGGACCCACUGAGGAACCCAACGAUAAUAGAUCCUUUCAACAUCGACGAGCCCUUGAACGAUAAGUUGGUCGUGAUACAGAAAGCGUUACAGAAUGAAUCGACAACGCUCACGUUCGCAUACGUCCCUGUGGUGGACACGAUGGGCCACAAGUACGGGAAUCUACUUGACUCGGGCCAUUCCAAGGUUUUAAAAGAGGUGGACGAUUUCAUAGAGCAAUUGCUCAGCGACAUCGAUCCCAGCGUCAACGUUGUCAUAGUGAGUGAUCACGGAAUGAGCACGAUCUUGAAGAAGAACGUUUACGUGUGGGAGGAUCAUUUCGGAGACGUUGCGAAAUACCCAUCCAUCGCAAAGCUCUACGAUGAUGUGAAUACGCUCAUAUACACAAAGGAUGGAAAAGACUCCGCGGUGGACGAAUUGUAUCGUGAACUACAACCCAAGGUGCCUCCCGUAUGCGAGCUAGUGAAGUCGACGGACCUAUUCCCGGACGUGCGAGACCCACUCAUACAAAACCGUAUCCCGCAAUUGGUGAUUACGUGUGAUCCUGGGUACCUAAUAGUCACUAGGGAGAAGUACGAUAAGCUACCGGCGAGGUUUGGGAACCAUGGGUUCCGGAGAGACGAGCCGGACAUGAGGGCUUUGUUCAUGGGCAAGGGCCCGUUCUUCGAACACGCACGUUCGAAGCUCAAGCUCCCCGACCAGUACAUAAAGCCCUUUGACAACAUCCAGAUCUUUUCGUUGCUUUUGAACUUGUGCGGUAUCGAUGUUUCCGGGAAGGACAUAGACGUCGAUGCAGAUCUCAAGUUUUGGGACCAUUUGAUGCCAUUAGGCAAGUAUUCCGAGUCAUCGCCGGAAAUGCUCCAGCAUUACCCCGACAGCGAAUACAACAAGUUAUGGAACACGUACGAAAAAGCGUCUGCUCCUACUACUACUACUACUCCUACUACUACUCCUACUAGCACUACUACUGCUCCUACUAGCACUACUUCGAGUACUUCUACCACCGACGAAGCAGACGUGCCACCGUCGCUAGGCGACAUUAUAGACGAAGUCGAGUCCACCAUCAACGACAUCAUACACAAAAUAUGGCCAUCAAAGGGCAAGGGAAACCACAAUGGCGACUCUGACUAG